AUGAGCCUUGAAAGCGGGGAAAGGGAGAGUGGAUCGGACCAGUUCAGCUUUCCUCCUAGCUGGAAGGAUAACGCCAGGAUGCAGGUGCAGUUCGCCAUGUUCCGGUCGCGACACCUGGACACCGAGGACUACGACGCAAAGAUGAAAUUCUGGACAGACCUGAUCACGAAGUACUUGAAGUUUUGCGGCAGACCCAUCUUUAGUCUCCGGGAUCUGCAACUCCAGUUUAUGCGGGGCGACCAAUUACCCGCCUGCCUGGAUACCGUGAUAUCCGAGCUACAGCAAAGGAAACAGAUCCGAUCCCGCAGUGAAUUCGAACACGAUCCCGCGAAUUCCUGGAGCGGCUGGCUGGUCAACAGCCUGGUGAAGCGUCCCCUCUCCUGGAGCUGGUCCAAAAUCAAGCACAGCGUGGUUUCGGAGGAUCUGGAGGCCUCCGCUUUGGUGGAAUGGAUUCACCUUGAUGCCUUAAACAGCACCUGCGACCUCAUAGCCGAAAAAGUGUUAUCCGAGAACAGUGGAAAACUCCUGCAUUUCGACACCUUUAAAACACUCUGCAAGGCUCAACAAGUGCGCAUUCAUUCAGACAAAGAUUUCUGCGUUUGCUUGCUGGCCUUAAAUGUUCGCCAACUCGUCGGUCUGGAAUUCGAGGUUAAAAAAGGAUUACGCCAGAUUCAUUUGGUCAAAAUACCAAAAAAAGACGGCGAUGAUCUCAACAUAAGCCAAGAAGAUCAUGACGUCUACAAUCAACAGAAUGCUCAGGCCCAGUUACUCAAGCAGUUGGAAGACCUGGAGGAGCAGAUAAAGGUGAACGACGAAAAAGCACGUCAGUACUUGAAGGAAAACAAGCGUCAAAUGGCCAAAACAUAUCUACGAAAAAGGCAUCUCCUGGAGAAGAAACACGAACGUCUUAGCAUUGCCUUGCACAACAUCGAGUCCCUUUUGUCCAGUGUGGAAGAGGCCCGAAACAGUGGCGUUGUGCUCGACGCCUUGAAAACAGGUUCAAAUUCCCUUAAGAAGAUUCUCUCUGAUUCUGGCCUGAAAUACGACAACGUAGACGAAGUUCUGGCCGAUGUUCGGGAAACUCUCGACCAACAUCGUGAGGUUCAGGACGUUUUGUCCAAUAGCGUCGUGGAGGGAGCGAACCAGGAUGAGGAUCAGCUGGAACAGGAAUUGCGCGAUCUAUGCGGCGAAUCAUCGCCAGCUAAAUUCACGCCACUCAUCAACAACAACAAGGAGAAGGCGGAGGUUGUGAUCACGGACGAGGAGAUGAUUGCCAUGCUGCAAGAUCUCGAGGUUGAGGAUGGUACUGUGUCCCAAAUGAGUACCAGAACCGUAAAAACUAUGCAGGGGCUUUGAAAUACGUUUC